AUGAGGUACACAAUACCCAAAUUUAUAAAUGUCCUAAUGGAUGAAGUGGGAAUAGUCACCGUAUCCAAAGCAGGUUCUGACGUUGCAAUCAUCAUUGCUCUUCGAAUGAUUCGAUUGAUUGGAUUUGGUGCAACUUCGUUAAUUCUUGCAUUAUACAUGAAAGCAUUGAAUAUAACAGAAGAAUAUAUUGGGUUUUUCAUGACCCUCACAUUUAUAGGUGAUUUGGUUUCCUCAUUCUUGCUUGCUAUCAUUGCAGAUCAAGUUGGACGUAAGAAAAUGCUUAUUCUUUGUUCACUCAUGAUGGCAUUAACAGGAAUAGUAUUCAGUUUUGUGGACAAUUUCUAUGUGCUAACAGUAGUGGCAGUUUUGGGUAUACUAACCCCGCUGGGGGUCGAAGUUGGUCCGUUCAGGACGAUAGAACAAAGCUCGAUAGCUUCAUUGGUUCCUCAUCGUGACAGAUCGGAUAUUUACGCGUGGUAUACUUUCCUUGGAAUGUUUUGUGGCGCGUUUGGAAGCUUCCUUGCUGGUGCAUUGGUCCAUACUGUGAAUGAAACCUAUGGAUAUUCAUUAGUGUUUAGUUAUAAGUGUGUGUUUAUGGCAUAUGCUUUGCUUUCCUUGAUUUCCUUUGUGCUAUGCAUAUUUCUUUCAAGUAACCUUGAGCCUGCCAAGACGGAACCAAUUUCUGAAUCCGAUAGUGAAAAUACCCAAUUGAUACCCGAAGUUCCAACAAAGUCCAAGCUCCUGCUGUUCAGAUUAUUACCACACCUUAGCCCUCAUACUUACUUGAUCGUGCUUAAGUUGUCCCUUUUGUUUGGACUUGAUGCAUUUGCUUCCUCGUUGACACCUACAUCUUGGAUUUCUUUUUACCUUAAGAAUAAAUUUGAUAUACCAACUACUUACUUGGGUUCGGUUUUCUUUACCACCGGUAUAGUUAGUGCAUUUACGUCAUUAUUCAGUACAUCACUCACCAAGAGAUGGGGUGCAGUGGUAACCAUGGUUGCUACGCAUCUUCCUGCUUCUAUGUUGUUGACAUUUGUUCCAUUUCCAUCGUCAUUUGUCAUGACUAUGGCUAUAUUGGUCAUUAGAGCCUCUACACAAUCUAUGGAUGUAGCACCAAAACACGUGUUUUUGGCUACAUUGGUGGCUGAUGCUGACAGAACUGCCGUUUUUGGAUUUGUUAAUGUUGUGAAAACAUUAGCACAAGUCAUUGGACCAAGUAUUGUGGGAUUCAUGACCCAAAAAGGUCUUCAAUGGAUUACAUUUGUCAUUGCUGGUUGUUUAAAGACAACUUAUGACAUUGGUAUUUUGAUUACAUUCUUGACUUAUAAUCAUCAUAGCGAACAUUAA